AUGACGGACGGCAAGAGCAACGGAGACACAACUUCGGGCCAAGAGGGCAAGACGUUCCCAGAGCCCACACCUCAGGAGGCACACUUCUUCUUUAACAUUCUGAAACAUCAGAAGAGCAAGCCUGAAAUCGACUGGACCGCUGUGGCUGAGGCCUCUGGUUUCAAGAACGCUGAUGUGGCCAAGGUCCGCUUUGGCCAAGUCAAGAAGAAGCUCGGCUUGGAGUCUGGAGCAGCCACCAAAUCUCCCGUCAGAGGCUCCUCCAAGAAAGCGGGCAAAGCUGCCAACCCGGGCGAUGAUGUCUUAGGUCCCAACAAUUCGGGUGCCAAGGUCGAGAAGAAAACUCCACGAAAGCGCGCCCCUGCUAAGUCUAAGGUCCAGGCCCAAGCCCAGGCUCAGGCUCAGGCGGAGGCGGAGGCGGAGGCGGAGGCGGAGGCUCUGUCUCAAAUUCAGAAUCAGUCCGCCGCUCACAAUGAGUCUGCCAUGGAUAACGUCGGAGAUGACAUGGGCGACAUGUCUGAGAAUAUGUUUUCUACACCGGGUUACCCGAAUACAGAGGACGCUCCCGUCAAACAGGAGCCCGAUCCAAUGCACGGUUUUGCGAUGCUUGACGGCGGUCAUAUCAAACAGGAGCGCAGUUCCAUGCACGGCAUUCAUGGUCUACCGGCAAUCGCUCCCUUUCGACCUGAGGGCUAUCGCUCUUCUCCCCUGAACUACAACAACUAUACCUUCAGGGCCAAUGAGGACCAUGAUGUCUAG